AAAGUAUGUUCCAAGAGCAUCAUAAAAUGAAAAUUUAGACGUAAAACGUAAAGCAAACGUGUGUCGUGUAAAUUUGUAAAACAUUUUUUAAUAUGUAUUCAGAGAUGUAAAUUUAGUGAUUUAAAUCGACUGGUUUCGCGCACGCGUGGUAGCGCUGCGACCCAGGUGCAAGUCGGAUGUAGGAUGGCCACAUAGAAGAGUGGAGUAGCGACAAGCGGCAGUCAAACAAUGAUAUCUGGGAAGAUCGGAUGUACGGAUUCUUUUUGAGUAUUAUCAAACUGACCAGAUUGAUCUAAUCAGUUGAUCUAAUCAUGUUUAUGUGCAGUUUAGGUCACGAAUUGCACAAAUUUUAACAAUCUGGAAAUAGUAUUUAAUUAAUUACCGAAUCGUGGUACUUCGAUCGAGUUUGUAAACAAAGAAUGGCCGGGGAGCCUCGUGAAACCGGGCAUACGAAGCCGUUGGUGCAGCUUUUCCCAAAAGCAUCCGAGUGCGUGUAUACGAGUUGUUAUUGCGAGGAAAAUGUAUGGAAGCUCUGUCAAGAUGUAGCGACCAGACACGGAUCGGAAUUACAGCAUUGCUAUGUUGCUUUCGUGAGCAACUCCUGGCGUAGCGUACCGCUUUGGCGACAACGUGCAGGAAAGGACGAGGAUAAGCUCGUAGUUUGGGACUUCCACGUAAUCCUUAUCUACGCACCCGACGAAAGGGCGGUUGUUUACGAUUUAGAUAGCGCGUUGCCGUUUCCGACGCAUUUCUGGAAAUACGCGAUGGAAACGUUUAGAUCGGACGAGGUUCUACAGCCAGAGCAUCACAGAAGAUUCAGAGUGAUCCCAGCCAAUGUGUACUUGCGAGAAUUUGCAUCGGAUCGACAUCAUAUGAAACGCGAGGAUGGAACAUGGAUCAAGACGCCACCGGAUUAUCCGCCAAUUUCAACAUCAACGUGCAAGGACAACUUGGAUUCCUUUAUUAACAUGGAUCCAGGAACCGGGUUCGGGGUUGUAUUGACUUUAGACCAAUUAUUCGACCGAUUUCAUAGGCCGAAUGCGAUCCCAACGGCUCCUCGUACACCUCACCCGCAACCUACACCGACUUAAGUAAACUGCUAAGUAAGUUCCGCAAGGAUAACGAUUGUCUGCUUCGAUUUCCAAUUGUCAACAAAUGAAUUGUAUGGCCUAAGGGAAUUGGUUAAGUGCAUGUACCUUUGUGAACCGAAAUUGGGUUAAUAUUCGAUGAUAACAUUUAUCUAAGCAUUAUUCAUCGUUCAAAAUCACAGCUAUAUCUCUGUGAAUGACAAACCGAUCAUUUUAUUUCUAUCAACAUUCUUAAUUCGCUAUAUAACCUUUAACACUAUUCCUGUUUAUAUGUAUCUCACGCAUUUUUUUACUCCUACCUCUUAAUUCGAAUUUAAAUAUAAGGUGUUCCAUGCGACGCACAGGAUUUCUUUAAGUGCCGUUGUUCGAGCGCUACAAAUAUUACACAGUGUGAAAAACCCGUAUAAAACCGUAUAUUUAAGAUUUUAAGUAUAUAUAAUGGAUAUUCGUGUGGAUCCAUAAAUGGAUCGUACAAUUGGAACUUAUUGAUUCUACAAACAAUAUGAUUUGAAAAUCCAGCAUGAUUGUUUCUCGAUUUAAUAAUAAUGAUGAAAAGCUGUUCUUUUUUCGAUCUUACCUCAUUUGACAAAACCGUAUAAGCUACAUGAUGUAAUAUGUAAAUUAUUAAAUAUUGAAAACAGUGAAAACCAUAAAUUUACAUAAAGAUACUAAUGCUGAUGUUAGAAAUUGAUUUAUAAUAAUGAAUUUGUUGUAUAUUUGCUUGUCGAAUCGCAGUUUUCUUUAUGAAAAUUUUACAUCAUAUGAAAAUGGGAAAAAGAGAAGGAAGCAGAAAAUAGUGAUGAAGAGAAAGAAGAGAAGGAAGCAGAGGGAAGGAAAGAAUUAAUUGAUACCUCUAAAUCUAUAAAGCCUUUUGUUUCUACUGUGAUUCCAGGAUUCAAACAGCAAUGAUUUAAUGCAGUAUAUGGAGACUUCAAUUGAGCGUAUAUACUGCUUUUGUCUUGCAUGAUUGUGCCCUAAGGGGUAUAUAGAAAAUAAAUUUUCACUUGUGAUUAAAAGUGAUUAAAAGAAAUAUAAUAUAAACAGAUAAUAUUGAUACAUUUCUCCUAAUAAAUUAUCUAUCGGCUACUAAAAUUUCACAUUAUUAUACAGCUUUGUUCUGGUUUACGGUUUGGUACGGGUCUUUCCUACUAUUAUCGUUGAAUGCUACGGUUCCAGCGAUACUAAAUUAUGGGGUCGGAGCCUCCAUAAUUAAUCAAUAACAAUGCAAGGAGCAGUAACAGCGGGGAACAAAAGAGAGCGCCUGGACAAAACGCAUUUGAUCAAAGGGCGUAGAGCCCCAGCUUACCGUUGCAAAGUUCAAGAUUUGCUGGCUCCUCUCGUUAUUCCUCGGCUCCUAUAAUGUUUGGACAUUUCUCCAUUUCAAUAAAGAAAUCAAAACUUACAAGAAAGAUCCACGUCUUUAGAAAAACCAAUUCUUUUAUAACGAUAGUUCUACUUAUGUGUAAAAAUGUACUUGAUACGAUUAGACACAAGUAGCAAUAUCGUGAGAAAAAAAGUGGUUUCUGCAAGGACAUGCGCUUUUUCCUAUAGUGUCGAUAUCUAUUUGCCUCUAUUUCUAGGCUAUGCUGAUACGUUAUUUGUUCCCCUCUUUUUAAAAGUCUUUUUACAGAACCUUGCCAAGAACCCCAUCUCUCUGUGUUGUCUGCUACACAUUAACUAUCGACCAUGUUCCAAGCUUUUGGGUUCUGACCCAAGUAUUGGGGAUGACUGUUCUCGUCUUCAUACGUUUUAUCAUAACGCGUAAAUCUUUAUCGCGGCUUUGCUCCAUUGGUGGUGUUAUCGUUAUAAUUAUUGUGUCUAAGACUGACGUAUUUAUGGACACAUUCGUUCGACGAAGUAUUUACUAGCGCUUUUAUUAGCGCUGAUGCACAAAAAAAAACGAGGAAAGCGCUUAUUAUUGUUGUGCAACCGAGAUAGUAAGGGCGAGAACGUGAUCUUUGCGAUAAUGUAAAAUAGUUAUUGUAAUUCUUGUGAUACUUUACACUUUCUACUUUGAAUACCUACGUAUAUACUGAUAUUGAUACUAAAAAUUGAUUCUUUAUAAUAUGCAGUGUGUUUGCUUGUCGAAACAGAAUUUUCUCUGUGAAAAUAUGAUCAAUGGAAAUCGAGGCUUAAUUCGAUCAUCCCACGCGAACAAUUGUUGCCUACAUCGAAAUAUUAUUUUCGAAUCAACGAAUGUCCCUUAGACUCUCGGAAAUAAAUUUUGACAACGAAAAUCUCGGAAUCUUUGAAUCUCCCUAAAACAGACUACAUGUAUACUGUAUCUACGUAGUAGAUCUCUUACAUUACUUUCCAUUUACUUCUCUAUUCGCUUAUUUAAAUUGAAAUACUCCAAUCGUCCUUCCUUUUGAAACUUCGCGAACGUAAAUUUGUAUUGGCAUGUAAAUUGUUACGAUUUCAGUGAGAAUAACUUUACAAUUGCAACAAGACUAUGUACUCGUAGAUGUUUUAGCGAAUCUAUUGUUUAUAGCUGUAACACGGCGUAAUACGAUGCGACAGAAAAUCUAAUCGACAAGCGAAUGCAAACGAGCUGUCGGUUCUUCGAAUAGAUUGAGAA